AUGGGUGGAGAAAAUUUGUGGAAACAAACUACUGCUAACAGGCAAUAUGUCUCGAGGGAGUUGUUUGCUUCACAAGGUCACUUUUCACCCACAAACAAAAACCCAUCCAAAUCUGUCAUCACCGCCAAAGUAUGGGUAGCACCACCAGCACCGCAAAAGCAUCAACAGAAAAAAUCAGAGGACCCUAGAGAGAGUGUCAAAAAGUGCCAACAAAGCGACAGAAGCUUUUAUGAUUGA